AUGCUGCUGGUGUGACGUAUAAUGUAGUGGACGGAACGCUUCUUUCAACAGCAGCAACAGUUCGUCAGCCACCUCCGUAGUUUGCUAGACAAAUAGCCGAACCAAUAAAGCUCUUUAGACGCUUUAGUGUAUAUUAGACACAGUUUUUUAAACACACUUAUGUCGUCUAGUUAGUUAUCCACUUUAAUGUGAUAUUUGCGGCGUUGUUAUUAGUCAGCUAGUGGGCUUGGUUAAGUUAGCAUUAGCCUAGCUAGCUAAUAUCUCUGACCAUGAGUUCACUAAGCUUCUCUCCUCCUGCUAAAGAAGAGGCGGUCUGCUGGACGGAGAAAGAAGCUCUGGUAAAAGAGGAAGAAGAAGCUGUUACAGUAAAAAUAGAAGUAGAGGGUGAAGCUGUUAUAGUGAAAGAAGAAGACGCGUUCAGAGUGAAAGAGGAGGUGGAUGUUACAGUUAAUAAAGAAGAGGAGGUGGAAGAGAAAGAGGCUGCAGUUUAUGGAGUGAAAGAGGAGGAGGGGGAGAUGACUGUUACAUCGAAAAAGGGGGAGGAGGAAACUGGAUAUCUGGGCCCCGUUUCCCAAAGUUAUCUUAAGGCGUCUAGGCAUGGUUCUACAGAUGAAGUUAGCCGUGAAAAGCUUUUGGGAAACCGGGGCCUGAAAAAUACUAGAGAAGGAUGUGACUAUCGGGGAUCCUCUGGGGAGCCUCAACAACAGCAUGAUGCUGACGAGGCAGAGAAGAGUCUCUCCACAUCAGAACACCUCAAACACCAGCGGAGACCCACAGGAAAGAAACCUCACCGCUGCUCUGACUGUGGGAAGAGAUUCCCCUCUUCAGCUGACCUUAAAAGACAUCUGAGAAUCCACACAGGAGAGAAACCUAAUAGUUGUGAUCAAUGUGGGAAGAGUUUUAGUGUUACAAGCAGCCUGAAAGCACACCAGAGAACACACACAGGAGAGAAACCUUACAGCUGUUAUCAGUGUGGGAAAUGUUUUACCUCAUCUAGCCACCUGACCAUACACCAGAAAACACACACAGGAGAGAAGCCUUAUAGCUGUGAUCAAUGUGGGAAGAGUUUUGUUACAUCUAGCUGUCUGACCAUACACCAGAGAAUACACACUGGUGAGAAACCUUACCACUGCUCUCACUGUGGAAAGAGUUUUGUUAUCUCAGGAAAUUUAACAUCACACCAGAGAACACACACAGGAGAGAAGCCUUAUAGCUGUAAUCAAUGUGGGAAGAAUUUUUCUCACUCAGGCAACCUGAUAGCACACCUGAGAAUACACACUGGAGAGAAACCUCAUUGCUGCUCUGACUGUGGGCAGAGAUUCAUCUUUUUAGCAGAUCUUAAAAUACAUCAGAGAAUCCACACAGGAGAAAAACCUUACCACUGCUCGGACUGUGGAAAGAGUUUUGUUUCAUCAAAACAUUUAAAAUCACACCAGAGAACACACACAGGAGAGAAGCCUUAUAGCUGUGAUCAAUGUGGGAAGAGAUAUGGAACAUCUAGCAGCCUGAAAACACACCAGAGGGGACACACAGGAGAGAAACCUUAUAGCUGUGAUCAAUGUGGGAAGAGUUUUGUUACAUCUAGCAGUCUGACUAUGCACCAGCGGACACACACAGGAGAGAAACCUCAUAGCUGUGAUCAAUGUGACAAGAGAUACUCUGAUAAAAGAUCUCUGAUUAAACAUCAGAAAAUACAUAGUUGA